CCUCGGCAUGCAGAAUAACACAGUAGACAAGCCUCUGUGAAGCAGGUUUAGUUCACAGUGGCAGCCUCUGUGUCUUCCCAGAAAACUGUAGCUGCUUUCACAAUGGAGAAUAACUCAGGGCAGGACAGGAAGUGUCUACAUGUAAAUAAAGCUAGGGGGCACAUGACUUGUGUGUGGAGAGCUUGAGGAGUGUUCAAGGUUGCCACCCCAAAACUGGUCUGUCGAUGGAUCCCAAUACACCACGUUUGAUGCACCGGCAUUUGAAUUUCACACAGACGUGCUCGCUCAAACUGGAUGCGGAGCCUGUUUUGGUAGCUGUGCAGGGCAACCAUAGAGGGGGCAGGCAGAUCUACCUGCAAGUCAAUAAAAUGUAUUUUAAGAGGCUUUUCCAGGAUAAAAAAAUCAGGUAAAUGGAGUUUACGAGAACAUGCCAUUCUCCCAGAACAAUGUCACUGUGCAACAGAAAAAUGGAUGGAUAACCAUCCAGACCCCACAGCCAGUUGAGCUUAAAUCCACAUUCUGGUCAAGAUCCUUGACAUUUAUUACCAGACAACCUGUGGUGUUUGUGGGAACUACAAUGCUGAUCCCUUAUUUGACCUGCAGCUUUCCAGUGGCACCAUGAUCUCUGAUCCUGACAUCUUUGGGCCAUCAUGGGAGUUUGUUUGGUGAUUGAAUCAUCCUGCAGCGACACGUCUGUCAAUUCUGCCAGUACCCUGUGCCUGAGUACAACUCUGACCUGUACUGUGGCCUUCUCAACCAUCCCAGGGGACAAUUCUAUGCUUGUCACCAUUUAGUGUACCCACAGGAAUACUACUCACUCUGCAUGGAAAACCUUUGUGUUGCAGAAGGACAACACUGGGCCUCUGAGGCAGGAGGGAUGGUUGACCUCUGGAUGAACGCCACAGGCUGUAAUGAUCGAUGUCCUCAAAGCAACUACAGCCAGUGUGCCAAUUCUUGCUCCUCACUGUGUCCUGAGAUUAGCCUGUCAGUGCAGUGCCCCAGGGGCUAUAAGGAAAGUUGCCAGUGUAAUACUGGAUUCCUUUAAUGAUGGCCAUAACUGUGUACCAGCAGAGCAGUGUGGCUGCUUACAUGACGGGAGGAGGUUUAAGGCGACAAACUGCUACAGAACUGUACUGUCAACUGCAUCUGUGGUCCUCCUCUUUGUCUGUGAGCAAUAUUCCUGUUCUCCACUGCACAGUUGUAUAGUUUACGAUGGAAUCAUAGGUUGCCCCAAGGAUGGAGAGGAUUUCAAUUAAGGAAAUAUACUUUUAGAUACUGAUUUGCUUGCCAGUGCAAUUAUUAAUGCUGUUAACAUUAUUUAUUUUUUCUUAAGCAGAGCAAAACCCACAUGUGAUGGAAAAUAUGAUGAAACAGAGAAAUGUUACCUGAGCAAAUGGUAUGCCUGUCUGUGAGAGCCGUUGGGGUUUGUGCUGGGCCUGGGGAGGCACUACCACACCUUUGAUGGGCUCAGCUAUAACUUUGAGGGUAUCUAUGUGCUUGCAGCCAGCAAAGGGGCAGCACGUGGCUUGACACCUUUUAGUGUGUCCAAGAACAAUGGCAGCAUAGCAGCAUCCUCCACACCGGUGGUCACUGUGCAAGCUUAUAGAUUUGUCAUCAAGAUGCAGCAUAGAUGUGAGUAAAUGUCAGUUUCUGAAUGAAGAAGAUGUUUAGGUUUUAAUUUUAUUACUUAUCAGUCUCCCCUUUAAUUUUCAGCUUAAUGGUCAAGUGACUCAUGUUCCUCUGUUGAGGGGUAAGAUCCAGGUAUCUUACAAAGAAGGCAGAGCUCUACUGAAAACUGACUUUGCGAUGCAUGUAGUCUUCGAUGGGAACAGCCCUGUUCUUUUUACACUGGACUCACACUACAGGGGCAAAGUCUAUGGCCUGUGUGGCAAUUUUAAUGGUGAUCCUCAAAGUAAAUAUUUUGCACAUACUCCUGGUACCCCUACCAUUAACUGUGGAGCUCGCUCAGUCUUGCCGGCUGUGAUGAGGACCAUAACUGUUGUACUGGCUGUAAACAGAAACUGGAUGAAGUGGCCUUCCUCACAGAAUGUGUUCCUGAGGUUGUCUUAAGUCACAGGAGGCACUGUGCAGUGCUCGUCAGAGUGGUCCAUUGGCCCACUGUCAUUGUAAAGCCGAUCCAGAUUCCUUUGAAAGUUGUGUAGUCAACCACAUACAUACUGAAGAGUUGCGACUGAUGAUGCCAGAUAUUCCUUUUCUAUAGUUUGUGGAGGAUCCAGUGAUAGCUACCACGGUGAAGUGACAGUUGGUAAGUAGUCGUAUUGAGGGGUGCAAUAUAAUACAGUUAAAUAUUUCUUUAUUAUUAUUGUUAAAUAAUCUUUAAAUGCCACACCAAUAUCCAAUUUGAUGUGCACUGUCCACCCACCAGAAUACGUGUGGCUCACCCUUCCCUUUCUUGUCUUCCAUCCUGUGAAUUUAAUUCCAGUGACUGUAAUAAGGUCAGUGUUGAGGGCUGUUUCUGUGACCCUGGAUUCAUUAGGAUUCCAAAUGGCUGUGUGCAUCCACAUCAGUGUGGCUGCACAGACUCUAGAGGCAAGUACCACAGCCUCAACUCAACUUUCUGGGACAGCUGUGAUCAGCACUGGGAAUGCCAACACUGACCCUGAUGAUGACCAAAUGAUGCCCAAUGAAGAGCUUGCCCAAAUAGAUUAGGGUUUGCCCACAGCUGAACAAUGGUGUAGUCUGUUCCUCCAGACUACACUAUUGUCCUGCUGAAGCACAGAUGCUUUUUGAAGGCGGUGAUUCCUGUGGGGUGUUGCUGAAUGAGCUAGGGCCAUUUGCAGACUGUGCCUUAGUAUUAAGUCCUAAGCAUUACUUCCACAGCUGUGUAGCAGAUUGCUGCUCUAAUGAUGGACACUACUCUGCACUCUGCAAUUCCACUGCAUCUUAUGCUGCUGCCUGCCAUGCAGCUCAGCUGCCCAUUAGGCACUGAAGGUGUGAAACUUUCUGUGGUGAGUAUAUGAAUUCAGUCUGUUGUUGUUGGUCAGUUGAAUUUUAUUUUAUUAAACCCCUAGUCAGCUGAUUAUUCUGUAUGGCUUUCAUGAACAUCUUAGACAAAGCAGCAAUCAUGCAAACUUUGUCAAAAGUUUCAAAAAUAUUUUCCGGAUUAAUAUGCAAUAAUCUUCAUGACGCAGCCUGUCUCUCAGGUCUUCAAAGAACGGAGGCUACUCGCAAUAAUAUUGCUACAUUUUGUUUGAAAUUCAGGUAAAGUGACCCCCCCAGCCUGCCAGCAUUUACAGUGAGCACGACAGGAGAGAGAGGGGGCAUUGCUCAAAGUUUCAGGGCUUGUCAGCGACUACUGAAUUGUAAUUAAAACAUUUAGAUAUAGCCUAAAUGUUGUCGGUCAGUGUCUAGUCAGUUUAUAUGCUGCACAAAUGGUUAACAGUCCGCCGCAAAGUAGAGAGAAUAGCCACCUGACCGCGACUCCUCUCGCUCUCUUUGCUGUCUCUUUGUACUCACUCAGAGACUCUGUUUGGGACUUUUUCUCUGUUCCAGGAUGUUUCCCUCUAAAGCGGCUUUGAACGGCACUUUAUCAGAGAUGCUGAAAUUAAUGUUUGUGUGGAUUUGUGGUGAUUCUUAUUUCUGAUCACAAGUGUUUUCAGUUUCCGUUUUCUAUCUAGCUCGUCUCAUCGAGUAUAGUCGCAGACGGGCUCUGUGUCUGUAGCCUACUACCAUGUCAGCACAGCAGUAACGCAGGGUAAUGCACAGCAGAGGGGCAGGUAGAUUUUGUUAAACUAUUAUUACCCUGGUGGCCACUCCUACUCCAUAGAUUGAGAUUUUAUUCUCGUAAUAUUACGACUUUUGUCUCAAAAUGUUAUUCUGCAAAUGUUUAUUCAUUUAGCAGAUGCUUUUACCCAAAGCGACUUACAAUUGCUAUAUAAGUCAGAGGUCGCACGCCUCUGGAGUAACUAGGGGUUAAGGGUCUUGCUUACAACACAUUGGUAGAUGGGGGACAACGGGGAAUUGAACCCAGGUCUCACACAGCAAAGGCAUCUGUCUUAUCCCCACCCCGGCUAUGUAUAUCAGACAACACAUAUAUGGGAGAGAUUCUACAUGUGCAGAAAACCUGCUGAAACAUAGCAACUGGAGUUUAUAACUGAAUUAAAAUUAAUUAAUUUAUAAUUGAGGUGAAAAGGUGCCACAUGCACAUUUAAAGACUUUAGGCUACUUCAGUCAUGCAUGUAUGUGUGUAGACUCAGCAGGGAUGAAAUUAAAUGAGAAAAGUUGAUCUACAAGAGAAACAUAUCUGAUAUUAAUACAUAAUGCCUGAGACCCUUACUGCAUUAUCAUAUUUUGACCUUAUUAUAUUGUCACCUGAAUUUUGUGUUUCCUUUUAUAUAAAUAAAGACAUUUCCUCAAUAAGUUGGUGCAGAAAAAAAUCACCAGAAUACAAUAAAUUAUAUGUUUAAAGCACAAAUAUUUCAGGGGGAGGACCCCCAGACACCCCUCAAUUAAUAUUAUCAGUGUUAAUUAUUAUGAGUAGUAAUUACAAAAAUCAUCAAGAAAUGUCUUUGUAUGGCCCAUGAUAUUUUAUUAUGAAAAUGACUUAGGUAAAGUAGGUAUAAGGUUCAGUAUGACAAACGGCAUAACAAAGUAGCAAGUAGCAACAGAAAAUGAGACUUUGGGUAGGGGGCGGGGGAACAGGUGAAAACAUGAAAGAUUUCUGUGCUGGGCUAAGCCCCCAAUGUUUCAAGAGGCUGGACGUCGCUCCUGGCUGUGUGGACCUCAAUGUCCCGUUGUGUGCCUUGGACUGUCCUCUCCAGCAAACUGUAGUGGAGGGUGUGAGGACGGCUGCCAGUGUGACUCUGGCUACAUCUUGAGUGACGGACAGUAUUACCCGCGUGAGGGAGAGUAUUACCCUGGUUGCCACUUCUACUCCGAGAAAAGCUGCCAAAAGGGUAACUGUGAAAGAGGACAUGUGACCUGCAGCCCCAUGGAAAGCUGUUCAGCAAAGGGUGCAGUAAAGGGUGUGCCAAGUGUUUCUGGCUUUGGCUACGUCACUUUUGAUAGUGUUGUUCUACCUCAGGUUACCUGUACCACUGGUAUAUGAUUGCACUACAUCUGGCCUCUGUGGGAACUUCAAUGGGGAUAGAUAUGAUGACAUGGAAAUGAAAAAUGGUCAUCUUGCCAAAAGUUGUGUAGAGCUACUGCACACUUGGGCAGAAAUAUCUCUUGGACAGCAUUGCACUGACAGUGGUGGGAGAGUGUGUCUUGAGUGCAGCCUGUGCCCACUGGACAGCACAGCCUGUGCAGUCCUGUUGAUCAGUAGUAUUGAAGUCGAUCAUUGCUGGAACAGUAGUGUUGAGAGUGAUAUAUACGCGCGCAUGUGCAUUAGGGAAGUUUGUGCUGGGGAGGGUCACAUGGCUGUGUGUCUAGCACUAGAAGCAUAUUCUGCAGGCGGCCAGGCUAAAGGAACACCAGUAGGACCAUGGAAAGAGAACACUUCUUGCGCUCUCCAUUGUCCUGACUGCAGCAGCCCAGUGAAAUGUGUAGACUCAAGCUCAAACUUUUGCCCUGCUCUGCUUCAGACUGGUUCUUCAGCAACUGGCUGCCAGUGUCACUAUGGAAUUGUUGAUGAUGAGGACGAGUGCGUUCCUUACAGUCAGUGCGGAUGUGUCCUUUAUGAUAUAUAUCUCAAGAUGGAUGAGCAACUGUACAUUGAGGACUUCACCCAGAGAUGCUGGUUCCUCGCUUCGAGUGGGGUGAUUUGUGAGGAGGCAAGCUGUGUUCUGGGGCAGCAGUGUGCUCUGAGGCAUGGUUCCUGGGGCUGUCAUGACAAACCUGAGGUUUGUGAGCUCAAGGGCCGCCUCCAAGUCUCCACACUCGGUGGGCAGGAGCAGAGCUCGGAACCUCUGUUAUCUUAUAGUCUAAUGUCCCUGGGUGAUGAGACAAGUGUGCAGUGGUUCAGUGCGAUCUCUUACCAUGGACCUUGUGAUGGCAGCUUUUUCAGGCUUGUCGCUGUGUUUCAAAUCCUCCUGCAUGGAUCAUCAUUUGCCAUACAGGAUGACACAUUGGAGGUAGCUCCACCAAGAAUUUUGAUGGCUAUGAACUGAAACAUAUAUUGACAUAUUGUCACACUGUGCAUGAUUAUUAGGCAGCUUCAUUACCUCAGGUAAAAUGGGCCAAAAGAGAGAUUUAACUGACACUGUAAAUUAAAAAAAUUUAAAAUGGUUUUCAGACUGUUGAUUAAACUAAGUGUGUAAUAUGUCCAUUCCUAUGACUUCAUGUGUUCUAUGUACCAUCAAAAAUGGUCAAUCAAUGUUAGAAAAAUUAUAACAAUUUCAGCAUCAGCGUUGGUUUCCAUGCUUGUUUGUUUACCCUUCUUCUUCUUUUCUUUUAUAUCUCUCGCUUCCGGGUGUCCCCUGGCAACCCCUAUGUUUCACAAAUUUUCACAUCACACCACUUUGAACUAUGGGCAAUUCUGUCAGCUAAGAGCCAUGGCACAAUUUCUGAUCUGACAGUGGGACAAUCCUAAGACCUAUCGCACUUCUCGGGAAUGAGUCUGUGGACAUACUUGCUGGCCUUGGGCCAUACUAGCAAAUGUGCACAUCCACCUUUGCCAUGGUGUCGGUCAGUAGUGAAAGCAAAUAAAGUCUGUAGCAAGAAAAGUUUAAAAAUAGGCUAAUUCUACAAUAGUUUGAAGAAACCAUUAAAAAGAUUCCACUGAAUGAAUAUUGUCUUAUUUGCUUUGGGAUUCGUGUGACAUAGCCUACAUGUGCAAUGAUAAUUGCUGGGUAAUAUGAGUAUGUUAUUUUAAGUCUCUAUUUGAUAAUGUGACAAGACAACAAGACUGCUAGGUGAAACACAGACUCUGACAAGCAGACUAGCGGAGCACAUGCCUGUGUGUGUGUGUGUGUGUGUGUGUGUGUGUGUGUGUGUGUGUGUGUGUGUGUGCGUGCAUGUGCGUGCACAUUUACUGCAUUUAAUGUUUUCUGUUAAGACUGUGCACAAUGAGGAAACAAGGCACGCAAAUUUGCUAAUAUAGGGUUCCUCUCGUGCAUGAAUUAUUAAAAACAUCUAGAUUUUUUAAAGAUUCUUUUUAUUACUCAAAAUUGGGCUAAUAUUCAAAUUAACUUACUUUUUUUUGAAAAUUCUGUUUUGUUUUUAAAUUAUUAAUUAUUAUAACUGUCCACGUAAGUGGACACCAUGCAACAAAGGAGUAAAAUGCCACACCUGACAGUGGGAUUGUUAUGUUUUUUAUGUCAUGUUAUGCUAUGUAUUUAAGCUCAAUUGUUGCAAAUAAACAAUAAAAAACAUAUGUUAAGAACAAAUAAAGGAAAAACACUCAGUGAUAUUGAUAACUGUAGUUACAUGUAUGUGGAAACCCAGUAGCAUAUUGUUAUCCUCAUCUAACUUCUUGUUGAAUCAUCUCAGUUUUAACAUAUCAACAUCCAACAUGUAACAGAUUACAUAUUAAAAUUGAUUGCUUUACAGUAUGUGAGUGUAAUACUUAUUCUUAUUUCGUGUAAAGGCUGCAAAGGAGUCAAAAGUUGUAA